GGACGUAAAUGCACCCAUGGGUUGUGAGAACCUGUAUUCCAAAGGAUAAUACAGACUGUGGAUCCCACAAUGAAAUGCACCAAAUAUUUUACAUCCAUGACUGGUACUCCUGCAACAAAUCUCCUGCAGAGUACAGACUGACCGUGAGAAAAGUCAUUUGCAACAUGCUAUUUAUAAGCAAAACUUGAACUUGAUAAAUUACACAAUUACAAAGGGAGGAGACAGGAACUUUGAUUAUCUGUAUACAUUUGUUGCAAUAUGUUGUUGGUGUUGAUACUUCUCGGGGUAAUUUCAAGUGUAGUAAGCCAGCAAUGUGAAUGCGGCAUCUUUAUAGUAAGGGCAAGGGAUGUAAAUGGUAUUCCAACGGAUAAGUCUUCCGAACUAUGGCGAUUGUCAACUACUCCAAGCUCCGGCUGUUCUGCAUCCGAAGCCAUCACCUGCGAGAACAACUGUAUCCAAACAUUUAGAAAUUGGAAGGCAAACAACAACAUGUAUUCGUUGAUUCCAGGAGAUGCUAAUAAUAGAGACUACGGCAACUAUUUCUGCGCGUCGACAGGGACCGUACUACCCCCAGGGUACGCUCCAGAGGCAUUGCACCAGAACCCGUCUUGUUAUGAUUGGAUAAGCUCUACUGAGUACGACCCUCGUCAGAAUCUCUGCUGCUCUGCCGACACCUGGAACUUCUGGGAUUGUCCAUAUGAUGGAAAUGCUGUCGCGACGACCCCAAUUCCUCUUUAAGGAAUGAAAGAAAUCCAUGGAUUGGUAGUUGUACAGCCUGAAUGAUAAAUAUAUUUUUUGAAAUACACUGAGUUAUGUUAUUACUA